AUGUCGAGCGCUUCCACUACAAGUAAAAGCCAACGCUCAGUCACCACCACUACGACGGCAGUAAAUGCCGGCAAGCUUAUAUUCAUCCCCGAGUUCGGAGGGCAAGGAAUUCUAUACUGGAAGGAGCUCCAGAAACUUUACACUGUAUCCAAGACAAGCAUCACGCGCACAUUUAUCGACGCCGCUGGCCAAGCGCUACUAAAGGAGUCCAGCUCGGAUGAGGCAAAGGCCUCCGUCGCCUUCGAAGCGGUCAUUGACCUGCAUAGCUGGUUGCAGGUUGGAGACACACCUUCGGGCUUGACGAUGAGCCACGUCUUCUUUAGUAUGCCGCUGCUGGCGUUGACGCAGUGCGCCAACUAUCUUAACUUCCUCGAAACUACGGGACUGACCCACGAGACCGUGGUCAAGAACUCCGCCACCGCCGUGGGCCACAGUCAGGGCGUAGUGAGCGCCGUCAUCUUCUCGGCGGCUAAAACGGCCCAAGAGUUCGUAGAUAUCGGCGUCUCCGUGCUACGCUACAUGUUCUGGCAGGGACUGCGCGCGCAGGAGACGUACCAGCACCAACUGACGCAAUACAAGCAGGAUGGCAAGAACACCGAGAAUGCCGGUCCUAUGCUGGCCGUACGCGGGCUCAAGAAGGAGCUCGUUCUCAAGUCCAUCGAGGUCGUUAAGCGCCGCACUAAGUCGCCUGACCUACAUCUCUCGCUUAUCAACGCGUCCGACAUGAUGAACGUGACGGGCUUCCCGGCAACGCUGACUCUGUUGAAGCUGGCCCUAGAGGGUCUGUUCGCCAAGCCGGACGCCAACCAGACCCGCAUUCCUCACUCACAGCGGAAACCCACAGGUUCGGUGUCAUUCUUGCCGCUCUCGGCUCCAUUCCACACACCACUGCUGACCGAGGCCAAGCCAAAGCUGUUGCAGGACGUGCAACGAGUCAAGUGCGUGAUUAAGGGCAGUCAACUGCAGGUGCCCGUGUAUGCUACCAACGCGAAAGCCACCAACCUCCAGACGGUGGACGACGUGGUCGAUGAACUUAUUAACAUGCAGCUACUGGAGCUGGUGGACUGGACGGCGACGUGGGCAAAGAUAGCUGAGCACCACUCGAGCGCCACGCACAUUCUGGAGUUCGGCCCCGAUCUUGGCGUAGCCAAGCUGAGCGACAAGGCUGCAGAAGGCCUGGGCAUCGAAUUGGUCAUCGCGACUGCCAAGCACCCGGUUAUGAGCUCCUCGACGACGUCUGCUCCCCUUGUCGGUCUGCAGCAGUUCAUCGAUGCUGCACCGACGUUCACGUCCGUCGAGGCUACGUGGGUGGAGAAGUUUGGCCCGCAAGUGACCGAAUCGGGCAAGCUGGUCAACAGAUUCACGCGCGCGCUGAACAAGCCGCCUGUUAUGGUGGCCGGUAUGACGCCGACCACCAGUUUAGAGGGCAUCGACCUUGUUGCGGCCAUCCAGAAUGCUGGUUUCCACGGUGAACUGGCUGCGGGUGGCCUGUCGCGUCCCAACAUCUUCGAGGACGCAGUGAACGAGCUCGUGUCAAAGAUCAAACCCGGUCUCGGUAUUGCGAUUAACAUGCUGUACCUGAACGCGAAGCAGUGGGGCUUCCAGUUCCCGAUGGUGCUACGUAUGCGUCGCAGCGGUGUGCCUAUCGAGAGUAUCACUAUCGGUGCCGGCAUUCCGACCAAAGAGCGUGCGCUUGAGAUGAUGUCGCAGCUGGAGGAUGUGGGUACCAAGGUGGUUUGCUUAAAGCCUGGUUCUGUAGACGGCAUCCACGCUGUGCUGGAGAUUGCUGAGGCCAUGCCGAGUAUGACUGUGAUGCUGCAGUGGACAGGCGGUCGUGCUGGUGGCCACCACAGCUUCGAGGACUUCCACGAGCCGAUGGAGGAGACGUACGCGGCCAUCCGUCGUGUGUCGAACGUGCUGCUGGUUGUUGGCUCUGGUUUCGGUAACUGGGAGAACUCGAAGCAGUAUCUUACGGGUGAAUGGAGUCUAGCUCGCGGCCACCUGUUCAAGAUGCCGGCAGACGGUAUCCUCAUGGGCUCGCGCGUGAUGGUUGCGAAGGAAGCUGCGACUGCACCAGAGGUCAAGAAGCUGCUGGUAGACACGCCUGGCAUCGAAUCGGAGCUGGAGUGGGAAACGAGCUACACGGGCGAGAUUGGCGGCGUGAUCACGGUCACGUCGGAGCUGGGAGAGCCCAUCCACGUCGUGGCGAACCGCUGUACUCUGCUGUGGAAGGAGUUUGACGACAAGUACUUCUCCAUCCCACGCGACCAGGUUGAGCUGGCCCUCCGUCUGAACAAGAAGGACAUCAUCACGCGUCUGAAUGCCGACUACCAGAAGCCGUACUUCGGCUGCAAACGCAAUGUGGAGACUGGCGAGAGUGUACCCGCUGAUCUGGAGGAGAUGUCGUAUGGUGACGUGUUGACACGUAUGAUCGACUUGAUGUACGUGGAGGUGGAAGGCAAGCCCCAUCGCUGGGUGCACGACACCUUCUUCUCUCGUGUGAGCAAGUUCAUCACGCGUACGGAGGAGCGAUUCCGUCGUGAAAGUUCUGGUGACCUGUUCGACCAGUCGGAGCUCAAGGCGAACCCGAGAGGGACGGUGACGGCAUUUAUCACCAAGUAUCCCCAGACGGUGUCAACUCUGCUGUCAGUUCCGGACUGUGACUUCUUCCUGGAUCUGUGCCGCACUGGUGGCAAGCCCGUGAACUUUGUGCCUGCGAUCGACACGGAGUUCAAGACGUGGUUCAAGAAGGACUCGCUGUGGUACUCUGAGGACUUGGACGCCGUUCCGGAACGUGACGCCCAGCGUGUCUUCCUCCUUCAAGGCCCCGUGGCCGUUCGCUACAGCACUGUCGUGGACGAACCCGUGGCGGAUAUCCUAAACGGCAUUGCCACCGGCUUUGAAAACGUUGUGAAGGAAAGCGGCGCGGUUGCUGCUGCCACGGCUGCGUCUGCCAAGCAGACGGUGAACUUCGCUAACGUCGAGGUCACGGAGAGCGAAGGCCGCGUAGAACUGUCAAUCUCCGAGGAGGAAAGCACUGUGCCUUCUGCUGACGAGUGGCUGGCUUCUCUUGCCGCGUCCGUGAGCGACAAAGAGUGGCUGAACGCGCUGAUCUCGUCGACACACGUCGUAGAGGAGAAGAAGUGGCUCGCGAACCCGGUCCGUCAGCUUCUUGUGCCCCAGGCUGGCCAGAAGUACGUGGUUGAUGCUGCUGGUAUUCGUGUAUUCGACAACUCGAUCGACAUUUCGGGACCUGUGGUCGAGAUCACCAAGAAGGAUGCCAGCAUCUCAGUUGUUGUGAAUGAAGUGCGUCCGGCCGUGACUGGCCUGAAGGCUGGUGUCGUGGCGCUGGAGAUGGCUUUCCAGUACCACCCGGAGCUGUCCUGCUCCAUCCACGCGGAAGGCAGCGGCUUCAUCGAUAAGGUUAAGGCGUUCUACGCUCGCUUCUGGGUGGCGGUUGAGGACAAGGAAGAGGAGUCGUGCAAGGCUGCAUGCGAGGAAAGCGUCAUGUCUCCUUUCACUGCUGAGUUCUCCAUUACGGAGAAGGACGUUGUUGACUACCGUACUGCUCUGGGCCUGAAUGACGACGAAGAAGGCGCUCCGGCUGACUUCUCGACGAUCGUGUCGUGGCGUCCGCUGAUCCAGUCGGUGUUCACAAAGGAGGUGAAGGGCAACCUGCUAGAUCUGGUGCAUCUGAAGCACUCGUACAAGCUGCUGUCGUCGCGCAAGGCUUCGGCCACGUUCCUGCCUGGCGACGAUAUCGUGAGCACGUCGAACGUCGGCAGUCUGCGCAUCAUCGACAGCGGCAAGAUCGUGCACGGCGUGGCUAUCAUUUCUCGCAAGACGGUGGACGAUCAGAUGGUGGAGAUGCUUGAGCCUCUCGUGGAGCUGCACAGCGAGUAUCUGAUCCGCGGCACAUUUGAUGACUUCAAGUCGACAUUUUCAAUCGACAAGUCGACGGACGCGUUCGUGCCCAAACGCCAGGAGGACGUAGAGAUCCUGAAGACAAAGUCGUGGCUGAAGCCAGUAGAUGGUGCCUCGGUGAACAUCGGCGACCACCUAUCGUUCGAGCUUACGACCAAGAAGCAGUACGCGUCGAUCGGCUCGCUGAGCUCCGUGGAGGUGUCGGGUACACUGUUCCGUGACGAAGCGGGCUCGAAUGUGGAGCUCGGCACAGUCGAGUUCAAGAGCAAUGACGCGAACGAGAGUCCUGUUGUGGCCUUUUUGCGCCAGAUGCAGCCUGAGGAUGCCAAGGCCAGAGGCAUGUUCUCGAACGGUGGCUUUCACAUGCUGGAGAAGCCGCUGGAGAUUAACGUCCCGACGAACGCUCUGGCGUACGCCGUGGCAUCUCGCGACCUGAACCCGAUUCAUCGCUCCAAGUACGCUGCGAUCCUGGGCCACCUGCCCCAGGGCAAGCCGAUCAUGCACGGUCUGUGGACGGCGACCAAGGUGCGCGAUCUGGUGAUCCAGAACUUCGGUCUGGGCUUCGACAGCAACGUGGUCGACUACGACGUCAACUUCGACGGCAUGGUGUACCCGGGCGACAAGCUGUUCAUGCAGGCUCGUCACAUCGGCCUCGACAAUGGCAAGAAGGUGCUGUCUGUUGAGGUUGUGAACAGCUCCGGUGAAGGCGUGGUAAGCGCGCGUGCUGUCGUCAAGCAGGCGCCAAUGGCGUUCGUCUUCACUGGUCAGGGUUCUGCUGCUGUGGGUAUGGGCAUGGACCGCUACCAGGAGUCCUCAGUCGCUCGUGACAUUUGGAACCGUGGUGACUCUCACCUACGCGAGACUUUUGGCUUCUCGAUCCUGGAAAUCGUGCAGAAGAACCCUAAGUCUAUUACGGUGCACUUUGGCGGUAAGAAAGGCCUCGAGAUUCGAGAGAACUACAUGAAGCUGACUCGUGCCGACUCGGUCACGGGUGACGUUACGGCACUUUUUCCUGAGAUCGACGAAGAUACUGAGAGCUAUAAUUUCUUCGCAUCUGAAGGUUUGCUAUUCGCCACCCAGUUCAGCCAGCCUGCGAUCGUGCUGCUCGAAAAGGCCAUGUUCUCGGAGAUUAAAGCCGCUCAACUGAUUUCAGAUGAUGCUUACUUGGCUGGACACUCUCUGGGCGAGUACGCCGGUCUGAUCUCCUUUGCCGACGCUCUAGCAGUUGAAGCCCUGAUGGAUCUAAUGUUCCUACGUGGCAUGAUCAUGCAGAAAUCGGUAAAGCGUGACGCAGAAGGGCGUUCCGACUACGGGAUGGUGGCUGUAAACCCCACCCGUGUGAGCCCAGAUUUCUCUGAGGAAAUGAUGUACAAAAUCGUGGACGGCAUUGACGCUGCUUCGGGCAACUUACUGCAGGUUGUGAACCUCAACAUUCAGCAGUGCCAGUAUGUUGUUGCUGGUGAUAAUGUGAACCUGGAGACGCUGUCGCUGGCGCUGUCUGCCAUCAAGACGCUGAAGUCAACUGCUGCUGAGGACGUGGAGAAGGUUAUGGCCGACUCGUUGGCACAAGCUCGUGCCCGCAAGCACACGUGCGAGCAGACUGGCCGUCCGUUUACGCUUGCGCGCGGCCUGGCGACGAUCCCGCUGGUCGGUAUUGACGUGCCGUUCCACUCGCGUGAGCUGCUUGGUGGUGUGCCGUCGUUCCGUGCGCUGCUGCGUACCAAGUUCGACCCGCAGGUGCUGGAGCGCCAGCUGCCGCUUCUGGUGGAUCGCUACAUCCCGAACCUGGUGGCGACUCCGUUCUCGCUGAAGCGCUCAUACUUUGAGGAGGUCUACGCUGCGACCAAGAGUCCGUACCUAGAGGAGGUUCUGAACCCCAUGCAGUGGAAGUUGGCGUCGAAGGCUCAGCUCGCGCACUUGCUUGUGGUGGAGCUGCUGGCGUACCAAUUCGCGUCGCCCGUCCAGUGGAUCAAGACGCAGGCGCUGCUGUUUUUGAAAGGCGAUGUUCGUCGCUUUGUGGAGAUCGGCCCUGCUCCGACGUUGACGAACAUGGCGCUGCGUACUGUCAAGGUUGGCGACUUCCCCGAUGUGUCGCGUGAGAUUUUGUGGUACCAGCGUGACCGCGAGGCUGUGCACUUCGAGGAGGAGACGGCCUAUAUCUCUGCUGCCGAAUACGCCCGUGGUCUGGCUGCUGAGGUUGCUGCUGAAGAUGCGAAGGUUGCUGCCGAGUCUGCUCUGAAGGUUGAGGAGGCCCUAGCUCCGGCACCGGUUGCUGCACCUGUCCAGGUGCAAGCUGCUCCGGUUCCUGUUCCCGCCGCUGCUGCUCCUUCGGCUGCCGAUGCUCCGGUGUCCGCUCUCCACGUCCUGCGUGUGCUUCUCGCUGUGCGUCUGAACAGGGAGCUGACUAAGAUCAAGGAAGAAACGGACGUCAAGACGCUGUGUGCUGGUAAGUCUGCUGUGCAAAACGAGAUCCUGGGUGACCUCGAAAAGGAGUUCGGCGGCGGUGUUCCUGAGGGCGCUGGUGAGGUGCCGCUGAAGGAGCUGGCGUCCAAGUUCUCUGGCUACAACACGCUUGGUAAGGUGACGAAUGGUCUCAUCAACAAGGUGGUGGCGAGCAAAAUGCCUGGUGGCUUCACGAUGUCGAGUAUCAAGGAGUACCUGGGCUCGGAGAAGGGUCUCGGUGCUGGACGCAUGGAGAGCGUGCUGGCUCACUCUCUGCUGCUGGCCCCGCAGACUCGUUUCAAGAGCGACGCGGACGCGCGCAAGUGGCUGGACGAGAGUGUGAGCGGCUACGCUUCAUUCGCUGGCAUCUCGCUUGACCGUCCGACGAUGGCUGCUUCGCCCGGUGCUGUGAGCAUGUCCUUCAACCCUGCCCCAGUGUCGAUCCCGACGGUGACUGACAAGCCGGUGGAGGCCAAGCACGCUCUGCUGGUCAUGCUGGCAGCCAAGUUUGGCAAGGCUUUCAGCGAGGUUCCGGAGACUGCAACCAUCAAGGAGCUGUCUGCGGGCAAGUCGGCCGUGCAGAACGAGAUUGUUGGCGACUUGGAGAAGGAGUUCGGCUCUGGCCCGGAUGAUGCAGCGGAGAUGAAGCUGACUGAGCUAGCCGGCAAGUUCCCGGACUACGCGUCGCCGGGCAAGGUGACGAGCGCUCUGAUUGCUAAGAUGCUGGCGAGCAAGAUGCCUGGCGGUUUCAGUUUGUCUGCCAUCAAGGAGUACUUGUCUAGUGAACGCUGCCUGCCGAGCAGCCGCAUCGAAAGUGUGCUGCUUCACGGUCUCACGCAGAACCCGAAGGCGCGUCUGACCGAUGACGCGACGGCGAAGAAGUGGCUAGACGGCGUCGUGGAUGACUACGCUAAGCGCGCUGGCAUUGAUAUCCCGUAUCUGUCGAAGCUGGGAGGCAUGAUGGCUGGUCCGGCGAUGGGCCAGCAGGUGAUGCAGUCGAGCUCGCUGCCCAGCGACUUCGAGAAGCGCUUGAAGACCAUGAUCGCGGACCAGAUCGACGUGCUCAACUCGUACCUGGGCGAGGACCAGUUGGACUGGCACCGCAAGAUCGAGACGGAGAUGGACAUGCGCGAAGAGAUGGAGUCUUCGAUGUCGCAGUGGGUGACGGAGCAUGGAGAGUUUUACAGCACUGGUGUUGUUAGCAAGUUCGACACCAAAAAGGAGCGUCAGUAUGAUAGCUAUUGGAACUGGGCUAUGCAGGACGCGAUGGAGCUGUACCACCGCGCUGCGGCAGCAACCAAGGACCUGCCUGUGAGCGAGGUCCUUAUCACGCACCUUCGCAAUCGCGCUACACCGGAACUUGUGCGGUGCCUUCAAUACUAUGCAGCGCGUGCUGAGAAAGAAGAUCGUACUGACAUCGCACGGUCGCUCACGGCUCUUGUGAUGAACGUGAAAGAGUGGCAAACUGCCAGACCUGUGACCGUGCAACGCUUUGAACCAACCAAGCCUCAACUUCAAAUUCUUGAGAACGGUCAACUCGAGUACAGUGAGGUUGCUCGGUACGGCGCAGUGGACUCAAUCAACUACGUUGAGGAGAUGGCUCGUGGGCUCGAGUACAACUCUUUGAUUAAAACUGGAGAGUUUGGUGUGUCUAGUAUCGAGAAGAAGGCUGUCGGAUAUGAACCAAACCCCGCCGACAACGGCAGUACGACAAGCGACGAUCUUGACAGUGAUGAGGUCGACAGCGGUGAAGAUGAUGAAGCUUCACUUGAGGAAUCAACGGAUACCGACGAUGCUGUACCGACUGAUUGUACUAUGAAAGAAACACUGGGCGAUUCUCUUCGCAGACGCGCGCAGCUGGAGUCAAAUCAGCACUCUAUAGUGCACUCGCCUUCGUUGCAGUACCGUAUGAACAGAAUGCUGAAGAAGACUGUGCUGCCGCAUGUGCAUGUUCGCAAGCCGUCUGACGUGGACCCAACGAUCCGUUUGUAUGACGUUGAAUCAACCUGCGUGCUGCUGUCGUGCAUGCGUGAGAUGGCCUCGACGGGUAUCUCGUUCGCUGGCAAGGUGGCAUUGCUGACUGGGUGCGGUAAGAACUCCAUUGCCGCUGAGAUCGUCAAGGCGCUUCUAGAAGGUGGCGCCACGGUGUUCGUGACUACGAGUAGCUUCAGUAUGACGACGACCGGCCUGUUCCGUGAGAUCUACGACCAGCACGGCAGUCGUGGUAGCCGUCUCAUCGUACUACCGUUCAAUCAGGCGUCUAAGGUGGACGUGCAGAGCCUGGUGGCGCACAUUUACGACGUACACAAACUGGAUCUGGACUUCGUGAUUCCGUUUGCAGCUCUAUCGGAGGUCGGACGCACGAUCACGGACAUCGACUCGCGUUCGGAGUUGGCCCUCCGUAUCAUGCUGACGAACACGAUGCGUUUGCUGGGUGAGGUUGUGACGGCCAAAAAGGCUCGUGACAUCACCACUCGCCCUGCACUUGUGAUCCUGCCCAUGUCGCCGAACCACGGCAACUUCGGGGGAGACGGUCUGUACGCCGAGUCGAAGCUGGGCGUGGAGAGCCUCAUGAACAAGUGGUACUCGGAGGGCUGGGAUGAUCAGCUUUCGAUCGUCGGCGCCAUUAUCGGCUGGACGCGUGGCACGGGCCUCAUGUCGGGCAACAACGUGGUUGCUGCCGGUGUCGAGAAGAUGGGAAUGCGCACGUUCAGUACGACAGAAAUGGGUUUCAACCUAAGCGCUUUGAUGCACCCAAAAGUUGUGAGGCAAGCAGCGCAGACGCCGAUUAUCGCAGACCUAACCGGUGGGAUGGCACAAGUGAGCGACUUAAAGGACCAGGUGGACUCUAUUCGUGCCGAUAUCGUGAAGAAGUCGAAGCUGCAGGCUUCUAUCCAUGCUGCACUGGAGAGCGACAAGAAGCUGCUGGCUCUGCCUUCGAAGAAGCAGGUGGCCACUCCCAGCUCGAAGACGUUUGCUCCUCGCGCCAACAUGUCGAGCUACUACUGCAACUCGUUCCCGAAGCUGUCGGGUGUGGCUGAUCUGUCUGCCUCGAAGAAGCAGGCGCUGCUGCGUGGCAUGCUGGACCUGCGUCAGGUUGUGGUCGUCACGGGUUUCGGUGAAGUAAGUCCGUGGGGUAACGCGCGCACGCGUUGGGAGAUGGAGUCGUACGGCGAGUUCUCGCUGGAAGGUUGCAUCGAGCUGGCGUGGCUGACCGGCCGCGUCGUGUUCGACAAGGGCAACUGGGUGGACGCAAAGACGAAGGAGAUCGUGCCGGAACACGAGGUGAAGCCUCGGUACGAGGAGGACAUCCUGAAGCACUCGGGUAUCCGUAUCGUGGAGCCCGAGCUGUUUGACGGCUACGACCCAAAGAACAAGAUGGUGCUGCACCAGGUGGCCAUCGACAAGAAGAUGUCGCCCAUUGAGGUGGCUGACCGUGAGGAAGCUCUGCAGUUCCGCGAGGAGCUGGGCAAGGAGAACGUGGACAUUUUCCAGAACGCGUCGGGUGCGUGGAUGAUCCGUCUGCGCAAGGGCUCUGUCCUGAACAUUCCUCGUGCUCUCAACUUCGACCGCUUUGUGGCUGGUCAGAUCCCGACCGGCUGGAGUGCUGAGCGUCUGGGUCUAUCGAAGGAUCUGGCGGAGUCGGUGGAUCCUACCACACUAUACGCGUUGGCGGCUACAAUGGAUACGUUCGUCGCAGCUGGCGUGACCGACCCGUACGAGUUCUACCAGUACGUGCACGUGUCGGAGGUCGGCAACACGUCCGGCGGUGGUAUGGGUGGUUUGCGUUCGCUGACACAGAUGUACAAGAACCGACUACUGGGCAAGCCUGCUCCGAGUGACGCGCUGCAGGAGACCUUCAUCAAUACGCCUCCUGCUUGGGUAAACAUGUUACUGCUGAGCUCUUCCGGCCCGAUCAAGACUCCCGUUGGUGCUUGUGCGACGGCUGCUGAGUCCGUCGACAUCGGCGCAGAGACGAUCAAGAGUGGCAAGGCUCGUAUCUGCAUUGUUGGUGGCUACGAUGACUUCGGUGAGGAGGGUGCUUUUGAGUUCGCUCAGAUGAAAGCUACUAGUGACUCUGUCAAGGAAACUGGCAUGGGCCGUGAACCCAAGGAAAUGUGCCGUCCGUGCUCGACUACGCGUGGUGGCUUCAUGGAGAGUCAUGGUGCGGGUAUGCAGCUGCUGAUGGACGCUCAGCUUGCUCUGGAAAUGGGUCUGCCGAUCUAUGGUAUCGUCGCGCUGACCAGCACUGCAACAGACAAGAACGGCCGAUCCGUCCCAGCACCUGGCCAGGGUAUCUUGACGACGGCGCGUGAGUCAUCGGAUAACACGAAGCCGUCGCCUUUGCUAGACGUGGAGUACCGUCGCCGCCAGUUUGACGAUGAACUUGAGAGUAUUGAGAAGUGGUGUGCUCGUGAGGAGGAUCUAAGCAACGGUGACGAAUCCCGUCUAGCUUUCGUUGAGAGGAGGAAGUUGCGCAAGGUACAAGCGGCGCAGGCAACUUGGGGCAACGAUUUCUACUGUGGUGAAGCGAAUAUUGCUCCUCUUCGCGGUGCGUUGAGCGUGUGGAACCUCGACAUCGAUGACGUGGGUGUUGCCAGCUUCCACGGUACGGGCACCAAGGCUAACGACAAGAACGAGAGCGAGGUGACGCACAAGCAGAUGGCUCACCUGGGUCGCUCUCCAGGGAACCCGCUGCCUGUCAUCUGCCAGAAGAACCUGACGGGCCACCCCAAGGGAGCGGCAGGUGCUUGGAUGCUCAACGGAUUGCUGCAGGUGCUCAACUCGGGCUUGAUCCCAGGCAACCGUCAGCUGGACAACACAUGCGAGACCCUGCGCAAGUAUGACCAGCUCGUGUACCCGAACCGUAGCUUCCAGACCAUGGGCGUCAAGGCCGUGAUGAUGAAGAGUUUUGGCUUCGGUCAGGCCAGUGGUGAAGUGCUGUUGGUGCACCCGGACUACCUGCUGUCUACGCUGCCAGCUGACGAGCUCCAGCACUACUCGGCUCACCGCGAACAGCGUCUGAUCAAGAUGAACACGCACACACAGAGCGUGAUCACCGGCAAGCAUUCGCACAUUCAGGUGAAGAACGAGGCGCCGUACUCGUCCGCGCAGGAAAGCAACGUGUAUCUGGAUCCUACGGCUCGUGCCAAGUACGACGUGACGUCCAAGACGUGGCAAUUUGGCGGCGCGGACUCCCUGACUGCGGAGGAAAAUCACCGCCCGCGUGCUGAGAAGUGCGCGAAGAAGGCAAAGGCUGCUGUGGAAGCGGCGUCGUCGACAAAAAGGACCUCGGACGCGCACGAGGCUGACUCAUCCUCGACGCUGUUGACUGCCAUCAACCAAGCGGCGACGGACCUGGGCCUGGCGUCCAAGAACAUGGGCAUGGGCGUGGAUGUGGAGCCCGUGGCCACGUUCGAGAACUUGAACGGCCGUGAGGACUUCAUCCGCCGCAACUUUACGGACCAGGAGAUGGCGUACUGCUACAGCGCGUCUCACCCGGCCGCGAGCUUCGCCGGUCGCUGGGCUGCCAAGGAGGCUGUGAUUAAGGCCAUUUCCAGCUCGGCACCGACUGAGCCGAACCUGUGGAAGGGUGCUGGCGCUCCACUCUGUGAGAUCGAGAUCUGCAUGACGGCAUCUGGCGCGCCGUCUGUGUUGCUAUCUGGUUACCCGCUGCAGGUGUUCAACCGCUUGGGCUUGUGGAAGCUCAGCGUGUCAAUUAGUCACUCGGGCGAUUUCGCUGUGUCUCAAGCAGUGGCCAAGUUCCAGCACGAAUAGAUCCAAAGAAUUUGCAUGU